GUCAGCCACGAAGCAAAAUUCUUUCCAAAGAAAAUAACAUUUUAAAAGUGCAGGAGAUGUCCGUGGUUCUUUGAAGGCAAGAAAAGUCCCGAAGGCAAGGAAAAGUCACUUAAGAAAUGGGUGACUGGAGUUUCUUGGGGAACAUUUUAGAGCAGGUGAACGAGCAAUCCACUGUCAUCGGGAGAGUUUGGCUCACAGUGCUCUUCAUUUUCCGCAUCCUGAUCCUGGGAACGGCGGCCGAGCUGGUGUGGGGAGACGAACAGUCAGACUUUGUGUGCAACACCCAGCAACCUGGUUGUGAGAACGUCUGCUAUGACGAGGCCUUCCCCAUCUCCCACAUCCGGCUCUGGGUCCUGCAGAUCAUUUUUGUAUCCACGCCUUCGCUGAUGUACUUUGGGCAUGCUGUGCACCACGUCCGCAUGGAGGAGAAGAGGAAAGAGAGGGAGGAAGCUGAGCGGCGCCAGCAGGCCGAGGUGGACGAAGAGAAGCUGCCCCUGGCUCCAAACCAAAACAAAGGCAACAACCCUGAUGCAACCAAGAAGUUUCGCCUGGAAGGUACUCUCCUGAGAACGUAUAUCUUCCACAUCAUUUUCAAAACCCUCUUUGAGGUGGGAUUCAUAGUAGGUCAGUACUUCCUGUAUGGCUUCCGGAUUCUCCCCCUUUACCGCUGCGGGCGGUGGCCCUGUCCCAAUCUUGUGGACUGCUUUGUCUCCAGGCCCACGGAGAAGACCAUCUUUAUUAUGUUCAUGUUGGUGGUGGCUGCCGUAUCCCUCUUCCUCAACCUGGUGGAGAUCAGUCACUUGAUCCUGAAAAGAAUCCGGAGGGCUCUGAGAAGACCAGCAGAGGAACCGCUUGGAGAGGUCCCGGAGAAGCCUCUCCCUGCCAUCACAGUCCCCACCAUCCCAAAGGCCAAAGGCUACAAGCUGCUGGAAGAAGAGAAGCCGGUGUCCCUCUAUUUCCCUCUCACAGAAGUAGGGGUUGAGCCCAGCCCCCUUCCAUCAGCCUACAAUGAGUUUGAGGAGAAGAUUGGGGUGGCUCCACUGGAAGAUCUCUCCAGGGCAUUUGAUGAGAGGUUGCCAUCGUAUGCACCAGCUAAGGAACCAGAGGAGGAGAAAGUAAGAGCAGAGGAGGAGGAGGAGCUAGAAGAGCAGCCUGAGGAGCCAGGGGUGAAGAAAGCAGAAGAGGAGGUGGUGAGCGAUGAAGUGGAAGGGCCUUCAGCACCUGCUGAACUCGCCACCGAUAUGAGACCCCUCAGCAGGCUAAGUAAAGCCAGCAGCCGGGCCAGGUCAGAUGAUUUGACUGUAUGAAGGUGCAGGAUACAGGGAGCACAUGAAAAGGAAAAAGUUGAAGAGAAAAGGAGAGAUAGAGAAAGAAUCAAAAGAUAUUUUUAAGCAAAGCGCUAAAGUGGCCAUUUGAAUAUUAUUUCCUUUCAUGAUUCCCAACUGGAAAGGUACUACCAUGGUAACUGUGCCUUAUUUGCCCUGUAUGUCCCUGUAUUUCCCUGUUUCCACAUGCCAGCUCACUCCUUACAGUAAUAUCUACACUGUACACAUAACUGAUGUAUUUUAAAACCUAACAUGGCAGUGAUACUCAAAUGUUGCCACUGUGAACGUAUUUACCGAAAGCCUUGUGUUCCACAUUUGUCUGGGAAUGUGGGGAGGAUCUGUCUUUCAGCCAGCAAGGGGG